AGAGCUGAGCUGUACUACCAACUGUGUUGUAACUCCAGCCAGAGAAAAUUGCUCUCUGAGGUUUGCCUAGUAGUUUUGAAAGAUAUAACUGAAGAAAUAACUGAAAUGGAAAGUGACAACAAGAAGAAAAUAUUAAGGAGAUUCCUGGGAAAGGGUUGGCCUUGGAAUUCAUUACUCAACAGUAUCUAAAAUGCCAAAGCACCUCUCUUAUACUAAUUUGAGCUGUUAAAGACUUUAAUUUUAUUUUUGACUUUUACAAUUGCAGGUGUCACAGAGAAAAAUAAUCAGCAUCAACCUAAUGGUCAUCAAGGAUAUGAAUUCUGCUGUUUUUAUCUAGAUGGAUGAAAAGGUUAACAACCCAGAAGGGGAGUUCCUUUUGUUUCCAAGAUGGCAGCAACUAGUGGUGAAAGCCAGCUGCAGCGGAUUAUCAGAGACUUACAAGAUGCAGUGACUGAAUUAAGUAAAGAGUUUAAAGAAGGAGGUGAACCGAUCACAGAUGACAGUGUCAACUUGCAAAAAUUCUCCUACAAGCUUGAGUACCUUUUACAGUUUGACCAGAAAGAAAAAAGCACAUUGCUGGGGAGCAGAAAAGACUACUGGGAUUAUUUCUGCGACUGUCUGGCAAAAAUCAAAGGAGCUAAUGAUGGAAUCCGCUUUGUCAAGUCUAUUACAGAACUACGAACCUCUCUUGGAAAAGGAAGAGCAUUUCUUCGUUAUUCCCUGGUUCACCAAAGGCUAGCAGACACCUUGCAGCAAUGUUUUAUGAACACCAAAGUGACCAGUGACUGGUACUAUGCAAGAAGUCCAUUUCUGAAUUCCAAGAUGAGUUCUGACAUUGUGGGUCAGCUGUAUGAGCUCACUGAUGUUCAGUUUGACUUGGCAUCAAGAGGCUAUGAUUUAGAUGCUGCUUGGCCAGCAUUUGCCAGGAGGACUCUGUCCUCACUUGGAUCUUCAGCAUAUUUAUGGAAGCCCCCAAGUCGCAGUUCCAGCAUGAGCAGUUUAGUGAGCAAUUAUUUGCAGGCACAAGAGUUUCCUUCCAGCCCUGAUGUAAAUAACUCACUAAAUGUUGAACACCUUGAGGGCUACGAAGAGAUGCGUUUAGAACUUGACCAGGCUGAGCUGAGGCAGAGGGAACUUCAAGAUCGCAUUCACCAGCUAGAAAUUGAAAACCAGGAGCUCCAGGCAGCUGUCAGCCUUCAAAAAGAACAAGUACAGGUAGAAAAGGAGAAGAGCAAUAACUACAGUGAGGAGAACUCCCGGCUGACAAGGAUGAUCACAGAGUUACAGAAGCAGUGUGAGAUCUCACACUCCACUCAGAGCACUGUCCAUGACCUGCAGAAGUGUCUACAGUCACUGGAACUGAGUGCAGCGGAGCAGCAGAAGGAACAUUCAAUAAAGGUGGACCAGCUGUUGACCAGCAAGGAAGAUUGUGCCUCAGAAUUGCAGGUUUCAAAUCAGGAGCUGGAGGCCUCUAAGGCUUUGAUGGCUGUGAAGGAUCUUUGCAUUGAUGAGCUCAAAGCCAAACUGAGUUCCACAGAACAGAGGAACCUCAACCUCCUUGCAAAAGUUGAUGCUGCCUUGGAUCAAAAGGGACAGCAAGCCACAGCCCAGUAUGACUCUGCUGUACAAAUACAGGCACUGUUAGAGAAGCUUCAGGAGAUGGAAAAGGAAAAGGCAGAUAUGCAAAGACUCAGUGAUGAACAUGCAUCUCAGCUGAAGGCAGCAAGGGAGGAACUGCUGCUGAAAGAACAGGCACAGAAGGAACUGGAAUCCAGAUACAGUAGCCUCACUGCUAACUCCAAAGAAGAGAGUGAAAAGCUGAUUGGGAGCCUGGAGACCAUGGCAAAGGAAAAGGAUGCACUUCAGAAGGCCCUGACUCUGAAAGGAAAGGAAGUGGCUGAGCUCCAGACCCAGGUAAUGGGGUCUCUGGCUCAGGUGGGUUCACUGGAAAAAAAACUUGAGGAAGCCAGGAAAGAAAAAGAGAAACUUGAGGAGGAGUAUGGUAGGAGGGAAGGAGCACUGAAACAGGAAUCCCAGUCACAAGCAGAGCAACUUGAACUACAGGAGGGUCGCUUAACAAAGGUGAGUCAGACUGUGUGUAGCCUUCAGGAGCAAAACCAGAAACUCAUGUCUGAGAAGGAGCAUCUCGGGCAGAAAGUCAAGGAGCUGGAGGAGCAGAUGGAGCAGCAAAACUCUACAGUGAGUGAAUUGGAUGAGGAGAGCAGAAAACUGAAAGCAGAGAAUGAGAAUUUGCAACAGUCUAAGAAGAAGAUGGAAGAGAAGCUGAAAAAUCUGGAAGCUUCUAAGGCUUCCCUAGAAGCCAAUGUAGCCAGGUUGAGAGCCUCUGAGAAGCAGCUUCAGAGUGAGAUAGAUGAUGCCCUGGUGUCAGUUGAUGAAAAAGAAAAGAAGCUCCGGGUUGAGAACAAACAGCUUGAUGAAGACUUGCAGAAUGCCAGGAGGCAAGGCCAAAUUCUAGAGGAGAGGCUGGAGGCUCUGAACUCAGAAUAUGAAGAACUAAAGCAAAGAGAAGAGACCUCCAAGGAGUCUUAUGCCUCACUUGAAGCACAGCUGAAGAGUGCCAAACAGCAUAGUUUACAAAUGGAAAAAAGCUUGGACACCUUGAAGGAAAGCAAAGAGUGUCUCCAGUCACAGCUCACAGAGAAGGAAGCAGAACUGCAGGGCAUGGAGAGCCAAUGUCAACAGCUAAGAGCAGAAUCUGAAAGAUACAGGAAGAAAGCAGAGACUCUUGAGAUAGAAAAGCUCAGUGUUGAAAAGACAUGCCUUCAUCAGACAAAACUUAUAGAAUCUCUCACAUCAGAAAAGGAAUCUGUGGAAAAACAGCAGCUACAGCAGGCGGCAUCCCUGGAGAAGGAGGCAAAAGAUCUGGCUUUCAGAAUGAGCAUGAGUGAAGAGCAGCUGGAGGUCAGCCGAGGUGAGGUGUCCAGGCUGCAGGCAGAAGUCCUUGAUCUGCGAGUCAAGCUUCAGCAGGCCACCGAUGAGAGAGAGAGGAUAAGAAGUGAGCUGGCAGUCGCUGAGGCUGUCUCAAGUGAGCAGAAGACGCUUGUCCAGCAGCUGAAAGAGCAGAGUGAGUCUCUCAACAGAAAUCAUGUGCAAGAACUGGUGCAAUGUAAAGAAAGGGAAGAAAAGCUGAAAAAAGAGCAGGAGAGGACAGCCCAUCAAAAAGCUGAGCUAGAAAGUAAUUUGAUGAACCUAAAGGAAGAGCUGUCUAAGGUUAAGCGCUAUUUGGAAAAUGCUAGAGUGGAAAAUGAAGAAAAUAAAGAUCUCCUCCACAGGACGAACACUGAUAUGGCUGAACUUGGUAUUCAGAUUUGUGCCUUGACCUCUGAAAAGGUGGAUGCAGAAGAGCAGUUGGCCCAGGCAACAGAAAGGUUCAAAGAAUUGGAAGAACAAGCAGCAGAGCAACAGGAGAAGCUGAAACUUGACAUCUCUAAUCUCAGAGAGGAGAACAAGAGCCUGCAAGAGAAAUUAGAGGAGGCUCAAAUGUGUGCCGCAGCUGUCCCAAGUCUGCAAUUGCAGCUGGAGACAAUAAAGAAACAGGCACAGAGUUUCCAAGAGACCAGCCAAGAAGAGCUGUCUGCAAUAAAAUUUCAAAUGAGCACAGAGAUUCUAAAUUAUCAGACAAAAUUCAAGGCUGUCAAUGAGGAGUGUGGGAAAGUAAGAGAGCAACUUCAGGAGCAGAAGCGACAACAGCAUGCAGUGGAGGAAGAGAUUACAGAGUUACAAGCUGCAAACACGAAUUUGUGUAGAAAGUUGGAUGAAGCAAGAGAGCAGCUGUCAGAAUCAGAAUCUGCUCGGCUGCAGAAGGAAGAGGAAGUGACUUCUCUUAGAGAACUUGUGGAAAGGAUCCAAAAAGAAGCUGAUGAAGCAAAAGAGAAGAUCCUGGAUUACACUGAGAAGCUCAGCAAGGUGGCAGCAGACAAAGAUAGUAGCGACCAGAAGUUAUUUGCUGAACUGGAUGACCUGACAAGAACCAAGCAGUUCCUUGAAGAACGUUUGAUAGAACUUAUCAGAGAUAAGGAUGCUUUGUGGCAAAAAUCCGAUGCUCUGGAGUUCCAGCAGAAGCUUAGUGCAGAGCAGAGGUGGCAGGGGGACACAGAAGUUAAUCAUUGUCUGGACUGCCAGAGAGAGUUCUCAUGGAUGGUGCGCCGACACCACUGCAGAAUGUGUGGCCGCAUUUUCUGCUACUACUGCUGCAACAACUACAUGGUGACAAAGCCUGGUGGAAAAAAGGAGCGUUGCUGCAGAGCUUGCUUUAAUAAGCCUAGAGUCAUUGUGGACAGUACAGAUGACUCUGGAUCCAGUGCCAACCAGGAAGGAUCACCAGCUUCAUUGGAAUCACCUGUGUCACCAUCUGAGAGGGCUUUUGUUGCAAGUGAAGCCUCUAAACCACCAGAUGAUGCAGCUUUUGACAUAAUCACUGAUGAGGAGCUGUGCCAAGUACAAGAAUCAGACUCUCUCCACAAUGAAAGUCAGAUGGAAAGAGACUCUUUGGAUCAAAGUGUGACAGAUCUAAACAGCACGUGUAAUUCUUCAACCUUUGAUGAAUCUGAAGACUGGCAAGUUGCUCAAGAUGCUGAGAUAUGCUUGCUGAAGUCAGGAGAAAUUAUGAUGAAAUUACCUCUUACAGUAGAAGAGAUCAUGAAUUUUGGAGAAAGCAACAGAGAACUGUUCAUCAAAUCCAGCACCUACAGUAUCAUUCCCAUCACUGUUACAGAGAUGGGACUAACAAUUAGCUGGAUCUUCUCAUCAGACCCCAAAAGCAUAUCCUUCAGCGUUGUCUACCAAGAGUCCGAAGACACACCACUGGAUCAGUGCAAAGUUCUUAUCCCUAUGACUCGCUGCAACUCUCAUAAGGAAACUAUCAGAGGACAGGUGAAAGUCAGAAAUGCUGGAAUCUACACCCUGAUAUUUGACAACACGUUCUCUAGGUUUAUCUCAAAAAGAGUGUUUUAUCACUUGGCUGUUGAGCGACCUGUUAUCUAUGAUGGAAGUGAUUUCCCAUAGCCUUUACUAUACUGUGUAUUUUUAAAUUUUUAAGAUAUGCUAUUAUUUAUGUACAUGUGUAAGCAUUCUGAUUGCCACUGUGUUUGAAGACUUUGAAACUAUGCAAUAGUUCUAAUGCACUUAAGAGCAGAUGUGUACACUAAAAAUGGAAGCCUUUUUGGGAACACUAAUGGUUCUGUACUGUGUACAGAUUGCUGAAAAGCCAUGUUGUUUGGUUUAACAGGUCAACAAUAAUAAUUUUUUUUCAGUGGGGAGAAAAAUAAGUCUGGGGGUAUCUAAAUGUAAACUGAAAUUCUCUGCUGAAAAUUGAGCUAUUUUUCUUCCAAAAAUAUUCUUCAAAAGGAAAUUUAAAGAAAAAUGCCUAUUUUUGACCUCUUCACUGAGGUAUAAACAUAACCAGCUCUGUUCUGCUGUACUGCUCUUACAGUCAGAGCAGCAAUUACGCAAUACUUCAGUCUUCAUAGGCAAAUGUUGUAAUCCAUCUGGCAUAUUUUUAUCUUUUCCAAGUAUUAUAAGCAGCAUACCAUAGGAGUUUUAUACAUUUUGGGCUAAGAUUUGGUAAGUCUUAACUGGCUGUUUCCAAUGCUUUGGCACAGAAUACCAGUUAGAAAAUAAUAAACACAAAGCAGCAACUCUUUUCACUUUGGCUCACUGUACUCUGAAUGUUGGCCCAUGGAACCCAGUUCCUGUGGUGAGCACCAGUGGCAGAAUGCAGAACAUCCCCUGUGGAAUAAAGUACUGCUCACUGGGUGAUAUUGAGAAGAGGAACAUUCCUUUUUCCUGCCUUAGCACCUUAGUCAUCAGCAUUCACAGGAAAGCACAGUUUCUGAGGAGAUCAGCAGCGUGUCUCUCUCUAGACCAUGUGGAAGGCGGCAGUAAUGUUUGAACAGUCUCAAAACAUCCAUCCAAAAUGGAAUACAUAUCAAGCCUGGUGAGCUCUCCACCCUGUGGUGUUUGUGUAUUCUGUCCCUUUCCUAAGCUUUGCAGUUGCCUGAUCCAACUGCUAACUUUCCAUCUCAGAUUUGGGGGCUGUUUACACUGCCUUUUAAGGGAAGACUGGGUUCUCACUCAUAGAAAAUUUCUAUGCAAACCAUCUACUUUCUGGAUAGAAUUUCAGCUUUUUAUCAAAAUACCUGAAAGUGGAUUUUUCUAUAUAAAAAAACCCUGUCUUCCAGUAGAAUGGCAAAAUAUUUGGCAGGAGAAAGAAGAAAAGUUCUUUCUCCCAACCAGCUCUCCUCAUAAUUUAUGUGUGUCUGAUUUUUCAUGUUACUGUUCUCCCAAGGAAACCUCAGACCUGGAGGGUUUUAGUGCAGCAGUUGGUAGAAGACCAGCACAACCUGUGAGGAACCCUGUAGAGACUUUGUGGCUGCUAUAGCUGGCAUACAGGGGUCAUGGUGGGAGACAGAAAAUAAAGCAUGAGAGGAAAGAAGAAAAAAGGGCAAGCAUAAACUGAAGCAAAUGGUUUGGGGAGAUGAAAGGGGCAAAGUUGUAAAUGUAAAAGCAAGGAGAGGGAAUUGGAGGAAUGAGCUCAGCUAGGGAAGGUGGUCAGGAGAGGCCAAGCUGGUGUUUUUUAUGUUUUGCUGGUCCAAUCCAAUACCUGUAAGGGAUCUCCCACUCCAAAAGACUGGUUGUUUAAAAGGUGGAGAUCACAAACUAAGUGUUGGACAUUUACAUAGGAGCAGCUGAGGCAGAGCGAAUUUUUUGGUCAUAGAAAAGAAAAUAAUUGCAGUUAAAGGUUGCUCAUAAUUUUUUCCAGUUGUUGUGUAAUACAGUAAUCUUCAAAAUAUUGUGAAAGAAUGACUACUUUUCAUGGAGCACCUAGGAUUUAGGUCUCUGGCUCAUCGAUAGCUUUCCCUUGCCAUCAGCUGCCUUUUUCCCCAUGGUGGUGGUGUGCUCCCAACCCUCUGCCAGGCAGAGUGGUCAGUGGAAGGUGCAAACUCCUGAAGGCUGCACUGUGGUUAAGCCCUGACCUGGUUGUGUGCAUGAAAAUGAGAUGGAUGAGAGACUGACGUGAGCAAUAAAUGGCCUCAAUUGGUUCAUGAAUUACAGCAUAUUUCAGUCUUGAAGCUAUGUUUUAUAUUUAAUUGGGCAAGGAGAGAUUAUUUAUUGCUUAAGAAUGGAGUACUAUGUACCAUAUACUAUGCAAUUUCACUGAGCUAUUACUGAAGUCUGCUGCAGUAUUCUUUUAAGCUUUUAGGUGUGGUUUUUAAAAACAUUUUGCUGUUGUUUACUUAGAAUACUAAUUUUACUGGGAUUAUACUUCUUAAAAUGCCAAAUGUAAGGUAAAGGGACACUGUCAAGUAUCUUCAGCAAAAUAUGACAUCUCUGUUAAAAAGUAUUUGAAGUCUCUCUACUAAAAAUAAUUUGACAGCCUUGCCUCUUGAUUUCCUCUACACAUCUUCUUUAAUUUCUUUUUUAAAAGUUCUUUAAAAACUUUUAAAAGUUCUUUAAAAUUUUUAUCCUGUGGCAAAUAUAUUUAAGCCCCUAUUCAUGUAGCUCUUAAAAUUAUUGUCUCCAUGUAGUAAGCCAGAUGUUUCCCUGGAGGUCUCUCAUGUAGACAGUCCUGAGACUGCUGAAGCCUAUGUUUGGGAGAAGAAGAGUAAAUCCACUGGAUUCUCAUUUAGCAUUUGAGUCUUUAUGGUCCCUUUUCUUCAGGUUUUCCUGUCCUUUGAGAGUAAUUUUACGGCUUUUUUUUUUUUCCCUCUCUUUGAAGGACGACUAAGAGUGAGAGUCAGAACCUGUAGUUUAAAGAUGAAAAGAAAAUGUUUGAUUCUGACCAAAGACAGUACUUAAGGAGGAAAAGUUUCAAAUUAUGAAAUAUCAGGCUGGUAAGGUGCCAAUGGACAGGAAUACAGCUGUUCAAAGAAGCUUCCCAGGAGCAGUAAUCCCAUCAUAACAGCUGGAAGAGGCUGUGCAGAGACAGCAAAGAACCUGACAUUAGUAGAGACCUUUUGUUUAAAUGUCCCAGAGAGUUCAUUACUGGAAUCAUGGAAACCCAAUAAAGAACUUUGCACAAGGGCAGGCAAGAGAUUAUUUCAUUCAAGCACCUCAUUCUUCCAUUCAUAAAAUGCUUGUUCAUGUGAGUUAUUCCAGCAAUACUGAAAAAUCCAUUUAUUUAUAGGUGCUCAGGUGGUUUGUUGAAGUGGGCUUUUUAUUAUCUGUAACAAUGCAAUAAAGAGAAAAAUAUUUUAAAUUGAUCAUGAAAUUAAUUGAAGGAGAUGUCACAUUCAUAGGACAAAGAUUAUACAUUGUGAUCAGCAUAAACAAUGAGAUGUUUUUCUGGGUGCUGGAAAGGGAAAGGAGAUAUGGAGGGUAAGAUUUUUUGUUAUGAAGAGGUUUAUGCAAAGGAGAGAAUGUAGUUUCUUCAAGAAAAUGACAGUGUUCCUUUACUCAACAUUACUCAAUGUUUCUUUAUGAAAAAUUAAAGAGGUAUUGCACAAGAGUCUACCAUGUUACAAAAUAGCAAAGCUACAAAAACCUGUCUUCUUUCCUAAAACUGAAAUUGCACUAUAGUUUUAAUUAUGCUCAAUCACUGAGGUUGUAACUUGUUCAGAAGCAUCUUUUGGUCUUAACUGCCAAAGAAUUGCAAGCCCUAUUCACAUCAAACUUCCUGCUCCAGAUAUGGGAAAAAUCAUGUAUACCCGUGUGUCUGUACAGUUACAGAAAUGUAAACGGUUGCAUUGGAAUGUUUUUCUUGAUGCUUUUUUUUUUCCUUUUUUAACCUCAGGAAUUUAAGAAUAAAAUUCUUUAUCAUUGUGAA